AUGGCAACUGUCGGCGGCGCAUUCAAGGACUCUCUCACUCAGGCUCAAAAGGACGAGCUCCAUCAGAUCGCUCUCAAGAUCGUUCAAGAUGGAAAGGGAAUCCUCGCCGCUGAUGAGUCAACUGGCACCAUUGGAAAACGACUCGACGCCAUCAAUCUCGAGAACAACGAGAAGAACCGUCAGAAGUACCGUCAACUUCUCUUCACCACCCCUAACCUCAACCAACACAUCUCUGGAGUGAUUCUCUAUGAGGAGACUUUCCACCAAAGCACUGAUAAGGGAGAGAAAUUCACCGAUGUUCUUAUCAAGCAAGGCAUCGUUCCAGGAAUCAAGCUCGAUCUUGGAGUCGUCCCAUUGGCUGGAACCAUCGGAGAGGGAACCACCCAAGGACUUGACAAGCUUGCUGAGCGUGCUGCCGCAUUCAAGAAGGGAGGAUGUGGAUUCGCCAAGUGGCGUUGUGUUCUCAACAUUGGAACCCACACCCCAUCCCACCUCGGAAUGCUCGAGAACGCCAACGUUCUCGCCAGAUACGCCUCUAUCUGCCAAGCCAACGGACUCGUCCCAAUUGUUGAGCCAGAGGUUCUCUGCGACGGAGAGCAUGAUUUGGCUCGCGCCCAGAAGGUUACCGAGCAGGUCCUCGCCUUCGUCUACAAGGCACUCGCCGACCAUCACGUCUACCUCGAGGGAACUCUUCUUAAGCCAAACAUGGUCACUCCAGGACAAUCCAGCACAUCUAAGGCCACUCACGAGGAGAUCGGAUUGGCUACCGUCACUGCCUUGAGACGUGGAGUCCCAGCCGCCGUUCCAGGAAUCACCUUCCUUUCCGGAGGGCAAUCAGAACUCGAUGCUACUGCUAACCUCAACGCUAUUAACACUGCUCCACUUGGCAAACCAUGGAAGCUCACCUUCUCCUACGGACGUGCCCUUCAAGCUUCCGUGCUCAAGGCUUGGGGAGGAAAGGACGAGAACAUUCCAGCUGCCCAGAAGACCCUUCUCCACCGUUCCAAAGCCAAUGGAGAUGCUUCCCUCGGAAAGUACGCCGGAGAGGAUGCUGCUGGAGCUGCCGCCGAGUCGCUGUUCGUUGCCAAACAUUCCUAUUAA